AAAUCGCGUGCUCUUACCCGUUAUUACGUAUUUAUCUUCUGCCGCAAUUCAGCCUUGUGCUACCGCACAGGAACAAGUAGGUUUUCCCCAAGACGUUGCCAUCAUGAGGACUCUCCCGCUCCUUUCUGGCUUGAUUCUGCUGUCCGCGCUGCUGCUCGCAGCUAGCGCCGAGGCCGACGUAGCUCCCGAUGGUGGAGCACAAGCUCUUGUAAGCAGGCGUUUCCUGACGGACGAUCACCACCACGAUCACGACGACGAUCACAAGGACGAUCAUAAGGACGAGCCGUCGUGCAUCGAGAAGUACAAGACGCAGUACGCGAAGUGCGACAAGAGCGAGAAGAAAUGUGACGAUCACGCAGAGGACGACGACGAAAGGGAGGAGUGCGAGAAGAAGUCCAAGACGUGCGAGAUGAAGGCAUACAGGAGUUUCAAGGCGUGCAAGUACGGCGACUGGGGGUGCAAGGACUGGUGCAAGUACUACAAGAAGCAGUGCUACGCCAAGAACAGGAGCAGUUGCGAUGAGAAGUACGAAGACUGCAAGGAUGACUGCAACUAACUCGCUACUCAUCGAUUUCUGAUCACGUGUCUCCGAGCAUAGAGGAAGGUUUAUGUGGCCCACAAGCCAGAAUUUGUCGCUAGGUGCUGACUCUUUUAGGAUCUAUCGGAUUCAGGGGUAGGGAUAGGUUGUGGUGUGAACCAGAAGGGUUGGGUAGAGCUUGAAGGGUUUGUAGGAAGGAAUCAGCGAGAUUGGCAGGGGGAGUGAUCCUUGAAUGGGAGGGAGUCGGCUGAGGGGCAUAGGAGUCUAUGGGAGUUAUGCUGGGAUAGGAUGUCGCACGUGAUAUGCAAGCUUCAGUGGUGAAUAAAUGUGGGCUUUUUGG